CAUAGCUCUCGCCGAAUCCCCUGAGAAACCUCUUCUUCCGCCUUCUCCUUAGCGAUUUCGAGCUCUUAUAAUCGUCGCCGUCUUCGUUUAUCUCCGUCACGCUAAACCUUCCCCUGAGCUCUAAAGCCCUAAGUUCGGAGCCACGACGAGCAGACAGCUGUUCUGUUUGGCCGGUAAGAGAAUGGCGUCGAUGAUGUUUACCGAUUGCUCCUCUUCCACCACGUCGCGUCUCAUCCUUUCGAACCGCCGCAGCGGCUCUAUUCUCCUCCGUCAGUGCGUCGGCCAACUCCGCCUAAGGACCACUCCGUCUGGCCGUGGUUUCUCUCUCUCCAUUCGCUCCUCUUCUUCUCCGUCUCCUGCCACUUUAGUUGAUGGAAAGGCUGUGGCAAAAACCAUUAGAGAUGAGAUCACAGUCGAGGUUUCAAGAAUGAAUGAAUCAAUCGGUGUGGUUCCUGGUUUAGCAGUAAUACUUGUUGGAGACAGAAAAGAUUCCGCAACUUAUGUGAGGAACAAGAAGAAAGCUUGUGAAUCUGUUGGAAUCAAAUCGAUCGAAGUUCGUCUUCCUGAAGAUUCCUCAGAAGAAGAUGUUUUGAAAUCUGUCUCAGGCUUCAACGAUGAUCCUUCUGUCCAUGGAAUCCUUGUUCAGCUGCCUCUACCAUCGCAUAUGGAUGAGCAGAACAUACUGAAUGCAGUUAGUAUAGAGAAAGACGUUGAUGGAUUUCACCCACUAAAUAUUGGAAGGCUUGCCAUGCGGGGAAGAGAACCCUUAUUUGUUCCGUGUACUCCAAAGGGAUGCAUUGAGUUGUUGCACAGAUACAACUUUGAGAUCAAAGGCAAAAGAGCCGUCGUUAUCGGAAGGAGUAACAUUGUUGGUAUGCCUGCUGCUCUGCUACUGCAGAGGGAGGAUGCAACCGUUACCAUCAUCCAUUCAAGAACCAAAAACCCUGAAGAAAUCACACGACAAGCUGAUAUCAUAAUCUCAGCUGUUGGGCAGCCAAACAUGGUUAGAGGAAGCUGGAUAAAACCGGGCGCAAUCAUCAUCGAUGUUGGGAUUAAUCCUGUCGACGAUCCAAAUGCUCCACGCGGCUAUCGCUUGGUUGGAGACGUUUGUUAUGAGGAGGCUUGCACAGUUGCAUCAGCCAUCACGCCCGUUCCUGGUGGUGUAGGACCAAUGACCAUAGCCAUGCUUCUAUCCAAUACCUUAACAUCGGCUAAGAGAAUUCACAACUUCCAGUGACGUUAGAAGAAGAUUGAUGGCCUUUUUUUUGGAAUGAACAAGUCCUACUUUUUAUUCGGAUCCAAUCGUUUGCUUUGGACUUUCAUAAAAUGUCCCUUUUUGUUGUAUGAAAACCAAACAUAUGUAUGUAGUUUAAAUCGGGAUAAAUCCGACCGUAUUUUGUCUUUC